AAGCGGGGCAACGGUCGGAGCUCGAGCGGUGGAAGAGGUGAGAGAGAGGAGAGAGGGGGAGGAGGGAGGGAGGGAGUUACCGAUAUAUACAUCGAGGUAUCGAGGUGCGCCACCUGCGGAGAGGAGCCGAGCCUGGAGCUUGGCGCUUCGCCCCGGAAUCAAUGACCUCCAAGGAGAACCACGACCCGCAGGCACCGGGCCUCACUCAGACACUGACUUCGAUCAGGUUGGGUAGUCCAAAGUAUUUGAAGAAACAGUUGAGCGGAUCGUGCAUUUCUGCAUCGUCUUCCAUAUUGCCUUUGAGAAACAUGUCCAAAGCUUCUACUGUCGUACCACUGGCAACAGCUUUGGGAUCUGGAGAUCAGAACGUAGCAACAGCACCUGAAACCCAGCAGGUGGUGGUUAAAAAUUGGUGUAUUGACAACUUUGACAUCGGAUGCCCUCUUGGGAAAGGAAAAUUUGGGAAUGUGUACUUGGCUCGUGAUCGGGAAUCAAGGUUUAUUCUGGCACUGAAAGUGCUUUUCAAGUCCCAGCUUGAGAGCGAAAAUGUUGAACAUCAACUCCGAAGAGAGAUUGAAAUUCAAUCUCAUCUCAGGCAUCCAAAUGUCCUACGGCUGUACAACUAUUUCCAUGAUCGUAAAAGAAUAUACCUAAUGUUGGAGUAUGCUCCUGGAGGAGAGUUGUACAAAGCGCUGCAGAAAUGUGGCUGCUUCAGUGAACAGAGGAGUGCCACGUACAUUUUGGAGCUGGCAGAUGCAUUGCAAUAUUGUCAUUCAAAGAAGGUAAUUCAUAGAGACAUCAAACCAGAGAAUCUGCUCCUGGGUCUUCGCGGGGAGCUGAAAAUAGCUGACUUUGGUUGGUCUGUCCAUGCUCCUUCAUCAAGAAGAAAGACGUUCUGUGGGACUUUGGAUUACCUGCCUCCAGAGAUGGUUGAAGGACGAAUGCAUGAUGAGCGAGUGGACUUGUGGUCUUUGGGCAUUCUGUGUUAUGAGUUCCUUGUAGGUCAUCCUCCAUUUGAAUCUUCAACUCAUGAGGAUACAUAUAGAAAGAUCUGUAAGGUUGAAGUCCAGUUUCAACCGAGCAUGUCAGAAGGUGCAAAGAGUCUAAUCAGCCAAUUACUUCGCCAUAAUCCAGUACUGAGACUUUCCCUCAAGGCUGUGAUGGAACAUCCAUGGGUGAAAUCUAAUGCCUGCAGACUUCUUCCACCAGAAUGUACCAACAGUGAAAAUUUACAACUACAGAGGUCCUGAGGAUAACCGACUUGUACUUUAAAUGUAUAUUGAACGUGAACUUUGUAAAUUAUAUGCUUUUCCUCCAUCUGAACCAGUCUUCCUGCAUGUUUUAGUCAUUAUUUGAACUGUAUACACUGAUAUUUAGAUUUGUCAGCAAAUAUAUAAUGCAAGUCAUGUUUUCUACCCAGUUUUUCCACUUGCUUAAAUAUUAAAGUGACCUGCAUCUGCAUUUUGUUUAAACUACAUGCCUGUAUCAUAACCCUUAAACAGUAAUUCAGAACUACCUGGAGUUGACUGUUUGUAGCUAAAGCAAUGAAAAUGAUGCUUUUUUAAAGUUUUUCCAUUGAUUUGCAAAUAAAUCUGUUGAAUUCUAAAACAGUU